ACCCAGAAAUAGAGGCUUCGAGCGUCUCCCUCUCUAACUAUCAAUGGCGGCAGCAGCAGCGGCGUCAGCUCCGUCGCGAGCGGAGGUGCUCAAUCUCUACCGCUCCUUUCUCCGCGUAGCUCGGAAGUUCACAGACUACAACAUCAGAGAGUACACCAAACGCAGAGCCGUCGACGCCUUCCACCAGAACCGAAGCCUCUCCGACCCCGCCGCCAUCUCCUCCGUCUUCUCCGACGGCAAAGCUCAGCUCGAGGUCGCCACGCGCCAGGCCGUGGUUUACUCUCUCUACGCGCCCAAGCUCAAGAGCGUCAUGGAGGUUUAGAACUAGUGAAUUUGAUUCGUCCAAAGGUCAGAGUGCAUCGAUUGAUGGAUCACCUUUGGAAAAUUUGUAAUGCGUUCAUGAAGUUGAGAGGAGAUAGAAACUUCUAUGCUGUGCCUUUAGUUUAAAUUUUGGGGUUGAAGAUGUAAUUAGUUACUAAAUCUGAGUAUGUUUGACGAUUGCAUUCCUCAGUGACAAAUAAUUUGCAACAUUUUUCAGAGUUUAUUGUUGUUAGGUUGGAGUUCAUGUCAAAGUAGGAAAAAUAAUCUGAAAUUGGUUUUAUGUACACAGCCAUUCUGGAAACAAGGUGUGUAAUGAUUGAUAGCCAUUCAUGUCAAAUGCUCUUUUAGCCAGAAUUCUAGUC